AUGGCGUCUGUCGCCUCCGCCGGCUCGGCCGCACCCCCGAGCAGUCACGCCUUCUCAACCACCUGCGCGGCCAAGGCGUACACGUACAAUCAACUCGCCGGAUACGGACUCGUCCCCAGCGAUGCCCGAGACAAGUUCGGAGACACCAUCAGCCUCGGUUCGUCCAUCGCCAUGGCGUCCUGGUCCUGGAAGGGGUUCCGGUACGAGGGAAAGCUGUACGGGUUGCCAGAUCGCGGCUGGAACACACAGGGAACGGUCAACUUCCAGCCGCGCAUACACGAGUUCCUCGUCACCAUGACGCCGGCUCCGAAUGCCACCGCCGCCAGGCCCUCGGCCCCAAACGUCGCCCUCGCGUACCGGGACUCGAUCCUGCUCGCCGGGCCCGAUGGCGAGCCCACGACGGGCCUCGACGCCGACCAGACGUCGGGCCUGCGAUAUCCCCGUCUCCCGCUUCUGCCGGCGGCAACCUUUACCGGCGACGGCUUUGGCGGCGACGGGCCCCGACGAAAACGCGUCGCGCUCGAUCCGGAAGCCCUGGUCCUCGCCGGAGACGGCGGCUUCUGGAUCAGCGACGAGUACGGCCCGUACAUCUACAAGUUUGACAGGAGCGGCAGGAUGACUGCCGCCAUCGCACCGCCAGAUGCUCUCCUGCCCCUGAGGAACGGCACCACGAGCUUCUCGUCCAACAACCCUCCGGCGUACGGUCCCGCCGGGCACAGGCAGUCUGUUCCGUCGAGCCCGACCCAAGGUCGCCAGAACAACCAGGGGUUCGAGGGGAUGACGACCAGCCCAGACGGGACAUCCCUAUGGGUGCUUCUCCAGUCCGCCGCUCUCCAGGACGGCGGGACGAGCGCGUCGAGCCGUCGAUACACGAGGCUGCUCCAGUACUCCGUGAAGAAAUGCAACGGCAUCAGCCAGACGGCCGUGUACGAGCGAGAGUACGUCGUGCCGCUGCCCACCUUCAAGGACGCGUCCGGCAAGACGGCGGUCGCGGCACAGUCGGAGAUGCAUUUCGUCUCAGACACGCAGUUCCUCUUCUUGCCGCGGGAUUCCAACCACGGGCGUGGACUGCCCAGCUCCGAGUCGGCGUAUCGACAUGUCGACAUUUUCGACCUCUCCAACGCCACCGACGUCGAGGGGCCGGCACGCGAUGCCUUCAACGCAUCGAUUGCGAGCGCGGCUGGUGUCCUCGGGUCCGGCAUCGCGCCCGCCACCGUCUGCCCUUUCGUCGACUUCAACCUCAAUGCGCAGCUCGCCAGGUUCAACUUGCACAACGGCGGUCCCCAGGAUGGCGGCCUGUUGAAUGAGAAGUGGGAAGGCCUGGCUUUGGUCCCGGCCGGUGACCAAGAUGAAGGGCGCCACGGGGAUGAGUAUUUUUUGUUCGCCUCCUCCGACAACGACUUUGUCACUCAAAACGGUUUUGUAAACUUUGGCAAGACUUCCUUCUCGGAUAGAUCAGGAUUCGAUCUGGAUAGCCAGAUGCUGGUUUUUCGCAUCACUCUUCCAAAGGGCAGCAGGCCGCUCGUGGGCUAG